AUGAAUAUCAUCGCUUGGAACUGUAGGGGCUCUCUGAAGCCCAAUUUUCAGAGUCACGUGCAUGAUCUAGUGAGGAUUCAUGAUCCUGCGGUUUUUGUGGUCACAGAAACUAGAGUUGGUAGGGACCGCGCAAAGGAAAUCACGGAUAGACUUCCAUUUGACGGCUCAAUUCGUUCUGAUGCUAUUGGCUUCACUGGUGGGAUCUGGCUUUUAUGGAAUUCAGACAGAGUGGAAAUCAAUGUUCUUGCCAUCACUGAGCAAGAAAUCCACGUAGACGUCAAGGUACGGUCCUCUAAUUUUGCUUGGUUAUUGUCUGCUAUCUAUGCUAGUCCUAGGAGUGUAGAGAGAUGUGUCUUGUGGGAUAAUCUAAUAAAAGUUGCUGAUUUACAUAAUAAGCCAUGGAUCAUGGCAGGAGAUUUCAAUGAACCUCUUUUAGAGGAGGAUAAGUUUGGGGGCAGAGGGGUUAGCAUUAACCAGUCUCUUCUAUUUAAGGACUGUCUAGAUAGGUGUAAUAUGCUUGAUAUGGGAUUCUCUGGUCCAAGGUACACCUGGACCAACAAAAGGGAUAUCAACAAACUUAAUUCUUGA